AUGACUACUCACAUCAAAGUACCCUGCUCGUCUGCCAACAUUGGCCCCGGCUUCGACGUCAUCGGCCUGGCGCUGAACCUCUACCUUGAACUAGACGUCACAGUCACCAAGAAGGAGAAAUCAGAACACUCACUCAACUGCAAGAUAACUUAUGAAGGCGUUGGCGCCGACGACGUCCCUCUGGUUGCGCAAGACAACCUCAUCACACGAACGGCCGUAUACGUGCUUCGAUGCCAUGGCAUUCGCGACUUCCCUUCCGAGACACACGUUCACGUCAAGAACCCGAUACCACUCGGACGGGGACUGGGCUCCUCAGCCGCGGCUAUUGUAGGAGGCGUAUACCUGGCGAAUGAGGUCGGCAACCUCCAGCUGUCGCGAGCGCGCAUGCUCGACUACUGCCUGAUGGAAGAGCGCCACCCAGACAACGUCGCAGCGGCUUUGUACGGAGGAUUUGUUGGCACAUACCUCAACGAACUAUCGCCCGAAGACACUGAGCGCCUGGAGAUCCCCCUCAGUGAAGUCCUGCCACAACCCGCCGGUGGCGUAGACACGGGUCUGCGCCCACCCGAGCCUCCGCUCAACAUUGGUCACUACACCAAGUUUGACUGGUCGCCCGCCAUCAAGUGCAUAUGCAUAAUACCACAGUUUGAAGUUUCCACGGCCAAGGCGCGCGCGGUAUUGCCAGAGUCGUACUCACGCAAAGAUGCCAUCUUCAACAUGCAGCGACUGGCUGUCUUGACCACUGCCCUCGGUCAAGCCACACCAGACCCCGACAUGAUCUACACAGCCAUGCAAGACAAGCUCCACCAACCCUACCGUCGCGGCCUCAUCCCCGGUCUUACCGAGAUCCUCCAGUCCGUUACCCCACAAUCACACCCUGGCCUUCUGGGCAUUUGUCUCUCAGGAGCUGGCCCCACCAUACUCGCCCUCGCGACCGAAAACUUCGACCAGAUUGCAGAGCAUCUAUUACACGAGUUCAAGAAGGAGGGCAUAACAUGCGACUGGAAGCUGCUUGAGCCGGCCCAGGAAGGCACCACCGUGACACGCCCUUCGAGCACCUCACAGCCAGUGGGCGAGGCCUUGACGUACGCAUCAUCAGGUGUUAGCAUCGACGCGGGCAACCAGCUCGUCAAGCAGAUCAAGGCACUGACUGCCAGCACAAAACGGCCCGGAGCCGAUGGCAACAUCGGUGGAUUUGGCGGCUUGCUCGACCUGCAAGCAGCCGGCUACACUGAGGCCCCGAUACUCGUGGGCGCCAUCGACGGUAUUGGUACCAAGGUCAAGAUUGCCUUCGAAAUGGGCAAGCACGACACUGUUGGUAUCGACCUUGUCGCCAUGAACGUCAACGACCUCGUUGUACAGGGCGCCGAGCCCCUGAUGUUCCUCGACUACUAUGCUUGCAGCAAGCUAGAUGUGGAAGGUGCUGCCAAGUUUGUCGAGGGUGUCGCCAACGGCUGCCGGCAAUCUGCAUGUGCGCUUGUUGGUGGAGAGACGGCAGAGAUGCCCGGUAUCUACCAGUCAGGCGAAUACGACGCCGGUGGUGCAGCCAUCGGUGCCAUCAAGCAAGGCGCGACUAUCCUACCAGACACAGCGUCCAUGACCGAGGGUGACGUGCUCAUCGGCAUGGCCUCAAGUGGAGUCCACUCCAACGGAUUUUCGCUCGUCCGAAGAAUCGUCGAGACACAAGGCAUCUCGUACUCAGAUGCGUGCCCGUGGAGCUCAGGUGAGAACCUCGGGACCGCGCUCCUGACACCCACCAAGAUCUACGUCAAACCACUACUAGCUGCAACCAAGCGGGGCCUCAUCAAGGGUAUGGCCCACAUCACGGGUGGCGGCUUAACGGAGAACAUUCCUCGCAUGUUGCCCAAGACCCUGGCUGCCGAGCUCGACGCAAAGAGCUGGCCGCUUUUGGACGUGUUCAAAUGGCUCAAGAGCGCGGGCCGCUUGGAGAACUCGGAGCUUGCGAGGACUUUCAACACAGGUCUUGGUAUGGUACUUGUUGUCAGCCAGGAGAACGUCAGGACGACCAUGGACCGACUACAGGAGUAUGGCGAGAAGGUCUACGUGGUCGGUAGUCUGAAGAAGAGGACAGAUGCGGAUGAGGAAUGCAUUGUCAACAACAUGCAUGUCUGGGGUUGA